AUUGCUUCCUCACCAGCUAAUUUACUAGAGGAAAGAGGUCUCUUGGCCACUGCUACUGAUGUUCACAGGCAAGCUGCCCUUUCAAAAGCCAAGAACCAGUGAGACCUGUAUAUACAGACAGCUCCUACAAUUGAUGGAUUGUAACUGGAUGAGGAAGAGGCAAGAAAGGGAUUGAGCCUAAAAAAUGAAGCUAAAGGAAAUUGAGCGAACAGCUGUCCAGGCAUGGAGUCCAUCUAACCACCACCCCGUUUAUCUAGCAACAGGAACAUCUGCCCAACAACUGGAUGCAUCGUUCAGUACAAAUGCCACCUUGGAAAUAUUUGAGGUUGACUUCAGGGAUCCCUCCCUAGACAUGAAGCAGAAAGGAACACUUCCUGCCUCAAACAGGUUUCAUAAGCUGAUCUGGGGUAACUUUGGAAAUGGGUCCCCAGAGUCCUCUGGAGUGAUCAUUGGUGGAGGGGAUAAUGGUGUACUGACAAUGUACAGUGUGCACCACAUCUUGGCUUCAAAGAGCGAGCCUGUAAUUGGGCGGACAGAGAAGCAUUCAGGCCCAGUUCGAGCACUUGACUUUAACCCUUUCCAGAGUAACCUUUUGGCUUCUGGAGCCAAUGAUUCUGAAAUUUUCAUCUGGGACUUGAAUAACUUCAGUGUGCCUAUGACUCCAGGGGCUAAGUCACAGCCUCAUGAAGACAUCAGUGUGGUGUCCUGGAAUCGUCAGGUGCAGCAUAUCCUGUCCUCAGCUCACCCCAGCGGCAAGGCUGUGGUUUGGGACCUCAGAAAGAAUGAGCCUAUCAUCAAAGUCAGUGACCACAGUAACAGAAUGCAUUGCUCAGGAAUGGCCUGGCAUCCAGAAGUUGCAACCCAGCUAGUCCUUUCCUCUGAGGAUGACCGCUUGCCAGUGAUCCAAAUAUGGGACUUACGUUUUGCUACCUCUCCUCUGAGCCAGCUGGAAGGGCACACGAGGGGAGUUCUCUCUGUGUCUUGGUGCCAGGCUGACCCUGAACUGCUGUUGAGUAGUGCCAAAGACAACCGGAUCUUGUGCUGGAACCCAAGUAUGGGAGAGGUGGUUUACGAGUUGCCUAUUCGGAGUCAGUGGUGCUUUGAUGUCCAGUGGUGUCCUAGGAAUCCUUCAGUCUUCUCUGCUGCCACUUUCGAUGGGUGGAUCAACAUUUAUUCUGUUAUGGGUGGGAACUUAGAAGCUCAACAGAAGACGCAGGCUGACAAGAUCUCUUCCUCUUUCAACAACCUGGAUCCCUUUGGCACAGGACAGAUCCUUCCUCCUUUGCAGGUGCCAGAGCAAGUAGCUCAGACUACCUUGAUUCCACCAUUAAAAAAGCCACCCAAGUGGAUUCGCAGACCUGUGGGGGUUUCAUUUGCAUUUGGAGGAAAACUUAUUUCCUUUGGUCUUGCCAAAGCUCCUGGACAGCAAAUGCAGCAGACUUACCCACACCAGGUAUUCAUCAGUCAAGUCACUACUGAAACUGAAUUCCUGCUCCGAUCCAGAGAACUGCAGAUGGCCUUGCAGUCAGGGAACCUUCUUGAUUACUGCCAGGGCAAGAUCCAGACAGCCAAGUUGCCAUUUGAUGAGAACCUUUGGAACUUCUUGAAGGUGAAUCUGGAGCAGGAGUCCAGGACUAAACUCCUCAAACUACUGGGUUACAGUAAAGAGGAUCUGCAAAAAAAGAUCACUUCAUGUUUGAGUAAUGGGAUCCCAGAUAAACAGCCCCUUCCUGAGGCAGAUGAGACAAAUGCUGCACAGCCAGAUCAGCUUUUGAUAAAUUCCAGUGAUGAUGUAGCUGCUGUUUGCUCCUCUUCAGCUUUUUUUGACAACCUUAUCCCACAGAAUAUGAGCACAUUGGAGAUUCCUGUCACUAAAGAUACGGAUGGACUCAUCAGCCAAGCCCUUUUGUUGGGGAAUUUUGAGGCUGCAGUGGAGCUGUGCAUGCGGGCAGAGCGCUUUGCUGAUGCCAUCAUCCUAGCUAUAGCUGGUGGGGAGGAUCUCCUAAAGGAGACCCAGAAGCGCUAUUUUGCCAAGCGUAAGACAAAACUCUCCCUGCUGCUUUCCUCAGUUGUGCAGCAGAACUGGCAAGAUAUUGUUUGCACGUGCGAUCUACAGAGCUGGAAGGAAGCACUGGCCAUCUUGUUAACAUACUCAAAGCAUGAGGACUAUACCCAUCUCUGUGACAUGCUGGGUGCCCGUCUAGAGUCGGAGGGUGAUGCAGCCCUGUCCAAUGAUGCCUGCCUCUGCUAUAUCUCAUCAGGCAAUGUGGAGAGGUUGGUGGAAUGCUGGGUAAAGAACCAUGAGACUUCGUCACCCCUUGCCCUGCAGGAUCUCAUAGAGAAGGUGAUGGUGCUGAGCAGGUCCAUUGAGAUUCUCCAAGGCACAGCAGGACAUGCACCAGGCCCUGUCUUGGCAGAACGAAUCACCCAGUAUGCCAGUCUCCUGGCAUCACAGGGAUGCUUGGCAGCCGCAAUGAAUUACCUACCCAGCAGCUCUAAAGAGCUUCUGAUCGAACAGCUCCGGGACCGGCUUUUCCAUGCUCAAGGAGAGAAUGUGGGUGAUCAGCAGCCACCUCCUUUUCCCUACACUCGUGUCAGUGUAGGUGUCAUAAAACACACUUCUCCAGCAGCCAGGGGUGGUUCCGCCACUGAAGGAGCAGCCCACAAAACAGGUCUGAGACAUCCAGAGAAGUCCAGCUGUCAGUCACCAUUUGCCCCUUCAGCACCUUCUCAGCCUUCAGUGCCUUCCCUCUUCAUGACUCAGCCAGUGCCAGGGAUGUCUAUGACACCUCACCACGUUGCCCCUCCCCAGGCUAGCACGGGACCUCAAACAAGUGUCUAUUCUAGAGGGUCCCCAUACCAACAGUACAACUUGGGAUUGGUUCCAGCAACCAUUUCAGGGCCAGCUGUGUCACAGUCUCAACCGUUUGGACCAGCAGGAGUCAGACCUGUUGGUCCUGCUCCCUUCCCCAGCCAGCCUUCUCUGCCAGGACAGUCCAUGCCCAUGACAUCUCCUGGUGUUCCACCACCUGGACCUGCCCUCUUUCCUCCAGCCUCAGUCCCAUCAUCUCAGCUUCCUGCAGCUUGUCCUCUCCCUGUGGCAAGCCAGUCUCCUCUAGGUUUCUCUUCAGCACCUUUCAACUGCCCCAUGAACAUGGUUUACCCUCAGGGAGGUCCUGGAGCUCCAUCUACUAAGUCCCUGCCAGCAGCCAGCAUUCCUCCUCCUCCCACAGGUUUCUUCCCUUGGCUAGAUCCCCACAUGGAUCAUGCAGCUCAGGAAUCUUGGACUGAUCCCUCUGCUGUAAGAGGAGGUCUUCAAAAGAAAAAGUUGCCUGAGAAAUUUACUCCUCCAGCCCCCAUCACAGCUCCAGUAAUGAGCCUGCCCACUGAAACACAAGGGAUCCAUCCUCAGCUGUCCAGGUUGCAAGAAUCUGGCCAGUCACCCCCAGGAGCACCCAAGGAAGGCAGCCUGCAGUAUCACCAGCUACCUAUGGAGAGGGUUGAGAGGAAGGAGGUGCCCCCUGAGCAUCAGGCUCUGAAGGCCACAUUUGAAGAGUUGGUGCAACGCUGCUCUGCUGUCGCCACUGAUCCAAAAACCCGAAGGAAGCUGGAGGAUGCAUUGCAGCGGCUGGAGUGUUUGUAUGAGAAGCUCCGUGAGCAGACGCUCUCUCCAACCAUCCUCAUGGGUCUCCAUGAAAUUGCCCACUGCGUUGAGGCUAGGAACUACCAACAGGGUCUCCUGGUUCACACCCAAGUGGUGAGCAGCAGCAGUUUCAGUGAAGUGUCUGGUUUCAUGCCCAUCCUGAAAGUCCUCAUGACCAUUGCUGGCAAGCUGAAUGUGUAAAGUAUGGACCAGCUGGAACAGUGCACACUGAGAGCUGGUGGACUCCCUCACGUGUUGAUGUGCUGCAGGUUGUGGACUGUCCUAACUCUGGAGAAAUAAGUCCAUGCCAGUGCCUGGAACUGUGCUGGCCCCAUCCACUCUCCAGAUGGCCCACUGGUGCCUGGGACUUCUGGAGACCAUUCUUUCUCUUUCUUCUUUCUUCUUAGUCUGAGGCCACUUCCCAGCCCAGGGAUCUCAAUUUCAAGCUGUCCAGGUUGCACAAAGAUCCUCUCUCUUCCCUGUAUCCCCAUUACAAAGGGGAAACUCCUUCCCUCCCAGGCUACUGUUGCUUUUUUUUUUUUUUUUAAGGAGACAAACAGGGCUGGCACCUGCAGCGUCACCAGACAGAAGAGCCUUGGGCUUUAUUCCCUGCUGCAGUGUAAAUUGCCCGAGUGAUAGCUGAGCUCCCUUGGGACCUAAGAUGCGGUGUCCCUGCUCUGUUGGGCUGCAGUGAGGAUCUCCUCUGGUUCCUCCUUUCUCUUCAUUCUCAUCCUUGACUCACCCUCUCACCCCUCUGUACCUAUAUUCUGCUACAACUAGGGCUAACUACCAGCCUCCUCUGAGCUAGCUUUGGUUCUAUCUCAUCUUCACCUAGACCUCUUUUUAUAGUCGUGUCCUGUUUACCCUCUAUUCCUCCCUCCUUUAUAUCUUUUCCUCCAUAAGCUGCAGGCUUGAGCCCUUUAUGUUUCAGGCCUAGGGCUGAUUCCCCCUUCUAACUCCUGGAACUUUCCCAUUCAGGAAUGCUAGCAGGUUGGAAUGUUCUGUGUGCUCCUCCCCAGAGCUGGUCACAUCCUGGGUUUGGGCUAAAAGCCACCCUCUCUGGCUCCUGGCCUUUUUUCCUUUGUGUUAACACCGGUGGGCAAAAGGCCAACUGUGCUAUCUAAAGGCUUCCUACAUCAGGCUUUUCAGACAGUCUGGGGACUUUAAGAGCAGCAGGGAUUGUUCAGGUCCCAUAAAGAAUCCCCUUGAGCUACUCUGACCAGACCAAACUUGAGCAGGGGGAGACAGCUCACUACUCCAAGUGUGGUGCAUUCUUUCUGCCUACAGUAACAGUUAUGUUGAAAUGUAGUUCUCAAAGGCCCCUUGGCACUAUGGUGGUAGAAAUGUCCUGCAGGAGGUGAUGCUGUCAGGUCUCAUGGAUAUGGCUGUGCUGAGGCUUUUCAUCACUGUGGCAUAUCCUCUGGGGUAGAAUAGAUGAAUGAAGCAUAUCUGUCCUGAGGAAGAAGUCUGGGAAGGCAGAUGGGCUUUUAGGGCACAUCUGUGAGUGUCUCUUUCCCUCUCUUCCUCCUUCCUUGCCUUCCUCUCUCUCACCCUCUUUCAUGCUAACCAGGCAUCUUAAUCCUUGGGCCCUAUCUGGGAGAAAGGCUUCUUCCUGACAUUUGGCUGCAGCCAGCCCCUGCUUCCUCUGCUUGCUGCUUGAGUGAUAAUGCCAUCGUGGGCCUGUGGUUCAGUGACUGACAUGAAUCAAACUGCUCUACCAUGAGACACAGGAGGGAAGAGAAGCAGAGAAGGGAGGAAGAGGACAUGUCUCAUUCUCUCCUUUCCAGGUCAAAGUGCCUCCUUGUUGCUGCUGUGUUGUUUCUAUUGCUGCGGUUUGAUGCACUGAUUACAGAACAGCAAAAUAAAAGCUGUGUUUUGUGAUUCUGCUAGCUUUUUUUCAUAGACUUGUGACCUCUGGCUACAGGGGACUUCACUCAGUCUUCAGGGCCACCCACUGAGAGCUGAGUUCUCUGCUUUGGCGAGGGGGGCAACUGUGAACAGUGUGGGACAAACCAGGUUCUGGGCUUUGCUGAUGUGGGCAGCAGCCAUCCUGGUGUGGUGAGACCUCAGGCCUUACCCACUUCCUAAGGCUGCAGGGUCAGAGAACUGAUCUUCUCCAGAUCACCCGUCUCAAUUGUGACUGUUCAUCUGCAUCAGACAUAAGAAGGUCCCCAGGGUGGCUGAGGUUCUCUUGGGGAAUCACGGUAGUGUUGGGGAUUUUACUCUUGACAUCAGAAGUUGGAAGUAUGUCAGUAAGUAAACAGAGAGCCGUUGAUAAGAUCCUCUUCUGUUGGAAAUCAAUGUCAUACUACUGAAGCCAUGUCACUUAAACUAGGAUAAGGAUCUGACCUGUGUGGAAAUGAGAUUUAUACCACUGAAUAGUGAAUUCUUAUCAUUAGUUAAUAACAUGUAUCUGUUGGCUGAUUUCAUUUAAGCUUUUACAGAGGUAAGCAGGCUGAAGUGGAACAUUGGUACUGGGAUAAAGUCAGGGGGGAAGCAAACUAGCUUCUGCAAAAAGACUGAUGUAAUCUCAAAAAUGUUUUAUUUUCUUUUUGCUGUCUAGCUAAUAUAUAUGUACAGGCCAGCCAGUCAGCACCAUGAAACUGAAAAAUGCAGGACUCUAUUACCUGACUUGUGGUUGGAGGACUUGGGAGGAAGUAAAAGUUGAGACGAAUUGUUUGGAUGGGAAAGAUUUGAAGGGCCGUUGCUGGAAAGGACCAGGGUUUAUGAGAGUUCUGGGGUGUUAUGGACACAGCACAUGCAUUCAGAGAAAACGAGCCUUUGUUAGUUCUGUGGCUGGCAGAGGCAAACACCAAGUGUAAGGGAGUCUUGCAGAGCUUUUGCAGCCCAGUCUGGGAGCAGUUAGCAACCAGUCUGGCCUCCCAGCUGUCCCCCAUCAAAAGAGAUGAAAGCUGAUUUUCAAAGGCAGCACUUGUGUUAUGACCCCUUCUGAUGCUGUACAAGUGAGCAGGUAGCCCUGGAGGCAUACAUUUGCUUAACGAGUAUGUAAGGAAAGUCCUAGCUUUCUGAGAUCAUUUAACAAGCUUGAUAUGUCUGAGAGUCUGCCUUUCUGGAUCCAGUUGUAGUACCCUGUGCAGUCUAGCCUCUUUCUUUAACUCAGGCCACUUGUACCACUGAGAAAUAAGGAUGGAUUUUCCAUGUAUUUCUCAAAUGCAUUUGACUAGUUCCCUCCAGCAUGCACAGCUCCUGCUACCUGUGACUCAUGCAGAGACUGGCUAUUUAUCCUGCCUUUGCUGAGUCUUUCCUGCUUGCUUCUUUGUCCCACUGUUGCUCAGUUUUGCUUCAGGUUUACCCUAGUGAGCACCGUCUCUAAAACUCUUCAUAGGGAAACCAGGCAGGGGGAAGUGAGAUGCCCCACUGACAGCACUCCUCCAUUUAUAGCACUGUCUCUGAUGGUUGGUAACAGCUCCUGGUCUACAGACAGUGUCUCCUUAGUGUCACCUCCUCCCAUGUCGGCACAUGCUACCACAGCAUCCCUGCUCUGCUUGACAGAGAAAGUGUUUUCUGUUGGGUGAGAAGGCUUUUGGGUUGACAAAGAAUUAGGGGGGGUGGUAGGAAAGGAUCCCUGGGCGUAGAGAACAGAGCUCUAAUCCUGUUGCAGAUAACAUCAUGUCUGCAGGCUAGGCUUGUGUGUGUUUGGGGGAGCUGGAGGGGCAGAGAUUGUUAGGCAGUAUUUGUUUGUAAAGCCACUUGCUCUGAAGAUAAUGCUUGCACUAACUUCUAUUGAGUGAGCAGUGUGAGUCCCCACAAAGUCCUUUCCCAAAGUGUCUUUGAAGCCAAGAACCCAUUGAAAGGAAGAAAGGCCAAGAGAGGGGAUUAGUUUGUUCAGCAGCUGUGAAUUUCAGUGGGAGGCUGAUGAACUCCAAAGUCUUUGUUGAGAUUUUUUUUGUAAGGAGCCCUGCUGGAGGGAGAGACCCACACGGGGCCGCGGCCUUAGACAAGAAGGAAUCCGAAACGGCAGGGAGCUGUAAACGGGCCACAAGGACUUUUCCCAAACACUUUUCGGAAAAGGUGUUGUGAAGAGAGCGGAGGGGGAUUAGCAUGUGAAAUGACACUUUCCAUUGACUCCACAGAGGGGAGGGGAAAAGGGCUGGCUGGCUGAUUUAUUAGCAUUUUGUUCCCUUCUCUAUUCUGCUCCCCCAGCAGCCCCCCUCUUCUUGUUCCCCUCCUCCCUGAGCCCUCUAAAGAGGUCUGGAUUGGAAAAGGGAGCGGGGGGCUGCCUGUUUGUGUGUCAUCUGGGCGAAGGUGACCACCUGGGAAGCUGAAUGUAAAUAUUUCUCCUCUGAGGAAUGUGCCUUCAUUAAACCGAAAUGAAUACAUGGAAGCAUCCAAUCCUGCUGCACAAUGGCAGCAGGGCCUUUACUGCUAAGAGCUCCUUGUGCUGGGGAGGGGGGACCCCUCUGGCCCCGACCUGCUGCUGAGGUCAGCACAUUUUGCAGCUGCAGUGUCGCCAUUUUCUCCCAGAGAAAAGGAGCAUGCAAUGGUGGGGCUCACACUUGUAGUGCUUCUCUGCAUGUCCCCAUCACCAACAGGCAUCACUGUGCCCAGCAGGCACAUCCUGCACUGUGCCACGGCCUUCAUGGGGCAGCUGUGUGGGGCAAUAGUGUCAGCAGGGGAGGGAUGGGGUAGCGCAGCCUGCCAUGUGCUGAAGAGGGGGAGGAAAUUGGAAACAGCUUCCACAUCUUCUCUUAUGUUUCUAGCUGGCUGUGGAAUGCAGGACACAGGGGCAAGGGGGUAGAAGCUGUCCUCUCUGCCUUGCAGUAGUCCUCAAGCCAGCCUAUGCUGCGGCUUUCCCUGCUGUGUGAGAGGCUUUUGCUGCUUCUUUGCUUUCCUGCCCAAAGAUGCAUUCCCAUCACAGAGGGAUGGAGGAACUGCUGAAGGAGAUGCAAAGGAGGCUGAAGGCAGGGUCACUGUAUUAAUAAGAACAUUUGCACAAACAGCUGGUGGUUUGUGUGUGAAGGGGAAGUGCUUCAGGUUUCCCUGAGAACAGGCCAAGACUGUUUCUUGCAGUUUUUGAAGGGCCAGAUUCUUGCUUGAUAUGAAUACUCUUGCUCUGGUGAGACCCCAGCUUGCCCUAGGUCUAAAUUCCCACCCCCAACAAAGUAGUCAUAGGAUGGAGGGGAUAUUUGAUAACUAAGAGAUGCAUACUAACUGAUGAGUAUCUUUAAUGUAUCAUGUCUGAAGUGGGCAGCUGGGCCCUUGCCUGCCCCCCUUUCCUCCUGGCAGCUGCAUUGCAGUUGGAUGCAAGCUCAAAGAGAGAGCAGGGCCUUUCCUCUCCUGGUAGGGGCUGAGGUUGAGGUGCAUGGAGGGAACUGGUCAGUUCUUCUGAUGCAUGACAGAUGGGUAAGCAGCUGGGUUUUAGUCUCUAGAACUGUAACUACAUACAUACACACACACACGCCUGGAUGGAAAAACACCCAACUAGUUAAGACACAACAGCAUUUUGCAAGCACUUGGCUACUGAUUUAUUGCAUUGGCUAUUGGUUUACAAAUACUGGCUACAAGACAGGUCUAAUGGCCAGUAACAGCUCUGCUGGCUUUUCAUCUGGCUAAAGGACACUUCAAACAGCAAAGUAGAUGAUAACCUCAUAGACCAGGGGCAAUCACUGUGAUGGUGCAGGGAGCUUCCCCAGGUCCUGCAGCUGGCAGCUUCUUCCCUCUCUACCCCAACCAUGGCAAGGGAACAGAGAUGCAUCAACCAAAGCAUCCUGCUGCUUGCUUAGCCUAUAGAAUAUAUACAAUAAGCGGUAACUGUUACGUAUACAUCACAGUAACUGUGCAAUAAAUUAAACUUCAAA